AUGGCAGCCCCCCCAAGAGUCAUCGUUGUCGGUGGUGGAUUGUCCGGUCUCAGUGCCGCCCACACCGUCUACCUCAAUGGUGGAAACGUCCUCGUCCUCGAUAAGCAGGCCUUCUUUGGUGGUAACUCGACCAAGGCUACCUCCGGUAUCAACGGCGCCCUCACUCGCACCCAGACAGACCUCGGUAUCCAGGACAGCGUCAAGACCUUCUACGAAGACACCCUCAAAUCCGCAAGAGACAAGGCGCGUCCCGAAUUAAUCAAGGUCCUCACAUACAAGUCUGCUGCUGCCGUUGAGUGGCUUCAAGAUGUCUUCAACCUCGAUCUCACCCUUGUUUCGCGUCUUGGUGGUCACACCCAGCCCCGGACACAUCGUGGCCAUGAUGCCAAAUUCCCCGGAAUGGCCAUCACAUAUGCCCUUAUGCAGCGAUUGGAAGAACUCAGCGAGCAGGAGCCCGACCGCGUCCAGAUCGUGAAAAAGGCCCGUGUUACCAAUGUUAACAAGGACGGUAACCUCAUCACUGGUGUCACAUAUGAAUUGAACGGCGAGUCGCAAGUCGCAGAUGGUGUUGUUGUUCUCGCCACUGGUGGUUAUGCCGCCGACUUUGGCAACAAGUCGCUCCUGCAGGAGCACCGCCCAGAUACCUUUGCCCUGUCCAGUACCAACGGUACCCACGCUACCGGUGACGGUCAGAAGAUGUUGAUGGAGAUUGGUGCCAACGGAAUUGACAUGGACAAGGUCCAGGUCCACCCUACUGGCCUUGUCGACCCCAAGGACCCUGAGGCCAAGUUCAAGUUCCUGGCUGCUGAAGCCCUUCGUGGUGAGGGUGGUCUCCUGCUCAACUCGGACGGUGACCGGUUCGCCGACGAGCUGGGCCACCGUGACUACGUCUCGGGCCAGAUGUGGAAGGAGAAGGAGAAGAGCAAGUGGCCCAUCCGUCUCAUUCUGAACAGCAAAGCCUCCAACGUCCUGGACUUCCACACCCGUCACUACGCUGGCCGUGGUCUGAUGCGGAAGAUGACCGGUCAGGAGCUGGCCAAGGAGAUUGGCUGCGGUCCCCAGAAGCUGCAGAAGACCUUUGACGACUACAACGCCAUCGCUGAUGGCAAGAAGAAAGACCCCUGGGGCAAGCGCUUCUUCCACAACGGACCCUUCGCCGUCGACGACACCUUCCAUGUCGCUCUCAUGGAGCCAGUCCUGCACUUUACCAUGGGUGGUAUCGAGAUCAACGAGCACGCCCAGGUCCUCAACUCGGAGCAAGCCCCCUUCGAGGGUCUCUACGCCUGCGGUGAACUUGCCGGUGGUGUCCACGGUGCCAACCGUCUGGGUGGUUCCUCUCUGCUAGGCUGUGUCGUCUACGGUCGUGUGGCCGGUGACAGCGCCAGCCAGCACCUGUUCAAGAAGCUGAUCACCGGCGGCGCCUCGACCGCCCAGAGCCGUCUGGGCCAGAUCUCCCUGCACAUCGACCCCGCGACCCCCGGCAAGAUCGCCAUUGAAUGGAGCGGCGCUGCCGCUGCCUCUGGCGCCAGUGGUGCACCUGUCGGCUCCGGCGCUACCCCCGAGGUCGCUGCUGCUACCGCCAGCGCAUCGCCAGCCAACGCCGCCGCCGCCGCGCAACAGGCCUCCAAGCCCACGGCGCCCAAGCCGUUCGAAGUCCCCGAGAAGGAGUUCACGAUGGAGGAGAUCGCCAAGCACAACAAGAAGGACGACCUCUGGAUCGUCGUCAAGGGCUGUGUGCUGGACGUGACCAACUGGCUCGACGAACACCCUGGUGGCGCUAACGCUCUGUUUAACUUCAUGGGUCGUGAUGCUACGGAGGAGUUUGCCAUGUUGCACGACGACGAGGUUGUUCCUAAGUAUGCUGGGCAUAUUGUUAUUGGCCGUGUUCAGGGCCAGACCCCUAGUCUGGAGUUUUAA